AGUUGCAUUAUGGGAGACAGAUGAUUGACACGGCCGCCAUUUUGCUCCUGCUCUCUCUGCUUCCAUUGUGUGAGAGAUAGUAAAUAUCUGACACUGCCAGACAACCACAACACACGAGUAUCCCAGCGAAGAAAAGUGGAAAAAUCACCCCCGUGAUACAACAAAAUGGCUCGUACCAAGCAGACUGCGCGUAAGUCCACUGGAGGUAAAGCUCCCCGUAAGCAGCUCGCCACCAAGGCGGCUCGUAAAAGUGCUCCAUCCACCGGUGGAGUCAAGAAGCCCCAUCGUUACAGGCCCGGUACCGUGGCUCUGAGAGAGAUCCGUCGGUACCAGAAGUCAACUGAGCUGCUGAUCCGUAAGCUGCCCUUCCAGCGCCUGGUGAGGGAGAUCGCUCAGGACUUCAAGACCGAUCUGCGUUUCCAGAGCGCCGCCAUUGGUGCCCUUCAGGAGGCCAGCGAGGCGUACCUGGUGGGUCUGUUCGAGGACACCAACCUGUGUGCCAUCCAUGCCAAGCGUGUCACCAUCAUGCCCAAAGACAUCCAGCUGGCACGCCGCAUCCGUGGCGAGCGCGCUUAGACAGCCACCCCCUUACCCUUUGACCUGUGUCCUGUUUUUCUUUACCUCCCUCUGCCCUCACUCCUUUGUUUUCCUCCACCUCCACACCUGUCCCCACCCCCACCACAUCCCCACCCCUGCCUGUCCAGCUUCUCCGUAGACAUUAGAGUAAUCCUUAUUAUGAAGAGAUAGAAAUAUGUUGAAGUCUAGUCUCUCAUAGGUUUUUUUUUGUCUUCACCAAAUGUUUUUAGGGUACCUUUUUUGUGCAUGUAAAGGGUUUUUCAGAUCAUAACCGCAUGGACACACAUACCCAGACGUGCAUCCUGGACCUCCUGGAUUGUCCAAUGGCUGCCGUAUGUGUUGAAAACAGCCCAAACAGAGGGACGUGGCUGAGGGACUAGUCUGCUUAAGGGGAGCUGCAACUUCCACAGCAGGGUGCUAUUAAAACUAGUCCCAAGGCUUCUGCCCCCUCUGAGCCUCCUCCUCCCCACUUGCCCAGUCCGUCCCUCGUGAAAAGAAAAAAAAAACAACCCUUCACUCGCUCCACAGAACCUUUGCAACCACCUGGUCCUGGUCGGCCUCUGUGAUCUGCACUGGGAGGAGCCGGUGGUCUGUUGGUCUGUUUGCGUGGACGUGUGCGCUCUGAUCUGUCAAACACAUUGUAUUCAACAAAAAUCUCUUGGUUGCUUAAGAAUAUUGAUUAUUGUUGUGGAUAUGGUGUCUAUUUUUUUUACACAUGAUUAUUGGAUGAGCCUCUCUUGUCUUCUCCACUUCCAAAAUCAUUAGAAUAAGAAAAAAAAGACGUAAUUGAUAAUUUCAACAUGGUUAUCAGUUUUUGAGUCUCUUUCUUUUUCCUUUUUUUUUUUUUACACAGUGGUCUGAUUUGCUUUAGAAAAUCAGGAAGGGCUUCACUGUUUCCCAAGGCAACUUCUAUUCCAAUGGCAGCCACAUAGGGGCGAUGUUACACCGUCUCCUUUAUUCAAUAGUUCACUGUAGAUUAGUAAUCACACAUUGCGCCUCUGUCUAUUUAGUUUUAACGUCACACACUGCAUUGGCUUGUCCCACCCAUUCUAAUUGACAUUACUACUUAAAGUUACUCUGCAUGUUUAGGAUUUGUGUGUCUCUCCUGUUUCCUCUGUAGAUCUGAACAUAUAAUCUGUCCCUUUCUCAAAAUUUGUGAUACACAAUAUAACCUCAUAUUUGUUUUCUUUUAUAUUUUUCUUAUUCCUCAAGAUUUUCAGACGUAUAAAUAAGCUGAUCUUUGUAUUUUCCAAAUUUCUCAUAUUAUGGUGGUAAUAAAUAGGUGUUAAAACAAA